UGCUACGCGAAAUGCAAAAAAUACGAUAUAUUUUUGGUAUAUUAAUCGCUUGCAUGCUUAUCCUAAGCCAUGCUCAGAAGCGCAUUGUGUUUACCAAAGUGCAGUGCGCUAUAAAAAGCAAUAAGGUGGUCAAUGUUGGAUGCUUUCUGGAGGAGAAUAGCGCAUUUACUUUCCAAUCAACGGUGGGUAACAAAGAUGUCGGCAAUUUGGUGGGCAUAAUGGAGCUGAAUCUAUCGGCAGAGGGUCAGCGCAAGGUGACCAGAAUAAAUGGUGUACGCCUGGACAUAUGCAAGAUGUUGGAUGCCGGCAUACGACCCUCCAUGCUGAGCUUUAUAUUUCAGGGCAUACAGCAGACGGACAACAACAUGCCCCGCAGAUGUCCCUUCAAGAGGAACGUCACCUAUAUAUUGCAACACAUGAAGUUCGAUGCCAACUCCUUGCCGGUCUAUCUGCCCGAGUACAAUUUCACAUUCAUUGGCAAAUUCUAUGGCAACAAUGCGAAUCUUUUCGAUUUACGUAUCGGUGGCUGCCUUUGUCAUAGCGAUAAAGAUUGCACUGGAAACGAAGCUAACAGAACAGCUUUGAAUUAAUUUGUGCUUUUAACCGCAAAUAAAGUUUAUGCAUGAGUUCAGUAGCUAAAUUCAACCGGAUGCUAUUAAAAACAAGUGGACCUAUC